AUGCCCCUGAUCCAGGCGAUCCGGGAAGCCGGCGCGCCAAAGGAAGGCCUCUGGUACAUCGACCUGUAUCCGAUCUCGUCCAUCAAGCAGAUCUACACCUUGACUCCAGAGGCAGCAGCGGCGGUCUCGAGCCCACCGUUCCUGCAGCACCACCAUCCGGAUUUCAAGACCCUCUCGCUGAUCUUCGGCAGCCGGUCCGUGACCAACUCCGGCGGCCCGGAAUGGAAGCGUCUGCGCAAUCUGCUCAGUCCCGGGUUUUCGGCCCGGAAUACCAUGGCCUUUGUCCCUGACUGCGUGGACGAGGCGCUAGUGACGGCCGCUCGCUUGUCGUCCAUUGCGCGAGGGGACCGGUUCGUCGAGAGCUCGUACCAGAUCAUGCUGUCGUACACGGUCGCCUUUCUGUGUCGUUUUGCCGUCGGCCUGAAGACAGAGUGCCAGACCAGGUCCCAUCCUCUGACCAAUCUGCUGACGAAGGUCAGCAAGCUGGGUGACGCGCGAAACGUCACGUACGGCUGGCUGUUCCAGCUGUGGAUUCGGUGGAAACUGCGCUCCUACGAGGGGAAGAUUCGCCAGCUGCUCAGGCAACCGAUCCUGGAGAGAUGGGAGCGCAUCAAGAAGGAUGAGCCAGACACGACCAGCGCAGCGGUCGUCGCUGAUUUGUUUCUCAGGGACUUUUUGCGCAAGAAACAGAAGGAGCAGGAGGAGAAAGGGGGCAAGGAUGCGAUACUACUAGAUGAAGACAUCUUGGAUGUAAUCGCGGAUAACUGCAGGGCAGUAACGCUCGGUGGGCGUGAUACGACCGCUGCAACAAUAUCGUGGACCCUGUAUGAACUGUCGAAGAAUCCGGAUGUCCUCGAGGAGGUGCGGCGCGAACAUUCGGCGGUCCUGGGUCCGGAUCCUGACGCGGCUGGCGAGAUGCUGAAGGCCCAGCCUCAUCUGCUCAAUAACCUGCCCUGGACGACUGCGGUCAUCAAGGAGGUUCUGAGACUGUACCCUCCGGCGAGUGGAGUCCGAUAUGCAGAGCCGGGACAGCAGAUCCACCUCAACGGGCAAAACUAUCCCUGCGAUGGCAGAAUCAUCCUGAUCAGCCAUUACUACCUGCACCGGACGGCGGAGUACUUCCCGAACCCGAACUCGUUCCUCCCGCAGCGCUUCCUAGCAUCAUUAAACCCACAGCUCUCCUCGUCCUCAUCCUCAUCCUCGUCCACGUCCUCGCAGGACACCACCAUCGACCCAAACGCCUACCGGCCCUUCGAGCGCGGAAUCCGCAACUGCCCGGGCCAGGAGACAGCCAUGCUGAUGAUCAAAGUGAUGCUGUGCGUCCUGGUAAGGAAGUUCCGCUUUGAGGAAGCAUACGAGGAACUUUUUCUCCGCCGGAAGAGGAGAGGAGGCGGGACUCCUCCUCCUGGUGUUAAUAUCACGACGUUUCCUGAGAAUGGCGACCGUGCGUAUCAGGUUUUGUCUACGGCGGGGUAUCCGAAGGAUGGGCUUCCGUUGUGGGUGGAGGAAGAAGAGGGGAAGGAGAGGAUAUGA